AUGUCGGAGAGCGAGAGCAACUCCGACCAGUCUGCUAGCGACUCUGGAGUUGCUGGGGAUUCAUCUACAGCGUGGAAAUUUAUUGAUGAGCCCUCACCCCAGCUUCACGUAGAGGAUGUGGAAGCAUUUCUGCUGAGCAAGGCUAGAACAGAGGCAAAUCGUGUUGCCAAGAAGUUGUUAGUGCGCAUUUUUGGCACUGAACACCGCCUUCCAUCAGAUCGGCACGUGAACAGCAGUCUGGCACAAUCUGCGUUCGUAUCACGUUCGGAUUUACUGAAGUUUUUGCAAGUGGAAUUAUGGCUGGCAUUCUAUUCAGUGUCGCCAUCAAAUUUUUACGAGCGUUCAAAUAAGCAGUACUAUCCGCCGGUGAAAUCCGUUAUGCCAUCCAAGCGAUACUUUGCUAUUCUGCGCGCGUUUGGCAAACCAAAUGCAGAAGACGAUGUAUCGUCAACACACUGGAAAGUUCCUUUUCAGCAUGAUCCUAAUUUGUCUCACGCGAUGGAUGAACUACGUCGACUCUGUUCCAGAUUUGGCUUUGUUUCUGAGGUAUCAAUUGCGAAACUCGACGACGAUUUGCUACGCCUUCGAUCGAGUGCAGUGGAUGAUCUUGGGUUAACUCGAACUCGAAACCCUAAGAAUGGACAGAGGAUAUCAAUCCAAGGAAGUCAACAAGCAAAUUCUGGAGUGUGGGGCUCCGAUUAUUGGAACACACAAGAAGAAUUCAAGUUUUCCUUUCAUAUUUGGGGCAGCUCCAAAAAAAACACCAAAAACUUGUCCGUGAGCAAGGCUAUGGGAGCAAGGCAACACUAA